UGUUUGUAAAACAUUGCUGGCAUCAAGACAGCAGAGAAGAAGGCAAAAACGAGCAAGAUAAGGGAAACAAUUGCAUUUUUUUGUUAAUUAUUUUAAAGUUUACAAAAAAAACAAAAAAGAAACAUGGCAAGUCAAGCCGUCAUAAACGAAUUGUAUGACUUCAUUUAUCCACUGGCCUUAAAGGCUGGUGAAAUCUUAAUGGAAGGCUAUAACAAAGCCUCUAAACGUGUCGAUAUUAAAAGUGAUUUCUAUGAUGUGGUCACAGACUAUGAUAAUCGCAUUGAGGAUUUCCUGUGGAGUGAAAUUCUGAAAAAGUAUCCCCAACACAAAUUCAUUGGCGAGGAGGAUACAGCCAAGAAUGAUAAUGUCUGCAAAGAGUUGACAAAUGAUCCAACAUGGAUUAUUGAUCCCAUUGAUGGUACCUCGAAUUUUAUCAAACAAAUUCCGCACACCUGUGUUUCAAUUGGUUUGGCCAUUAACAAGGAGAUUGUUUUGGGUAUUGUUAAUACACCGGCUCAGGGUAAAAUCUACACUGCCAAAUUACAUCAGGGGGCAUUUUGUAAUGGCCAGGCCAUACAUGUUAGUGACUGUGAAAGGGUGAAUGAUGCCAAUGUUGGCUAUGAAGUUUCCUUGUUACAUGCUGCCGAUAUAAGAGAUAAACACAUCAAGCGCAUAUAUUAUAUAGCUGCCCAAUCAAGAAGAUUACUUUCAUAUUCCUGUGUGGUUGACUCUUUGUGUAUGGUUGCUGCAGGUCAUUUAGAUGCCUAUCACGUGGAGGAUAUGUAUCCAUGGGAUUGUGCUGCCGGCUAUUUGUUAAUCAAAGAGGCGGGAGGAGUUGUAACCCAUCCAUAUGGGGGAAAAUUUGAUAUAAUGAAGCCCGAUUUGAUAUGUGCCGGUAGGGAAAAGUUACGUUCUGAAAUUGAGGGCCUAAUACGAAAGGCAGACGCCAAAAAAUCCGUGGGAGGUGGAAAGGAAAAUUAAAAUAUUUUCUAUUCAAAAGUUAAUUUUCAAAAAAAUGUAUUUCAAAAAAAUGUAUAUUCAUGAUUAAAUAGCUUGUUACUUAUUUUUAUUAUGUUUGCAUUAAUUAGAGAUAAAUGUUAUGCAGGAGAGGAACUGAUCUCCACAGCAAAGAAAAAUGCUUGAUUUCUAAAGUCAUUCUAAGAGGGUAAACAACAAUGCAUUUUGUUUUUUGUAAAUAUUU